AUGUCGCAGUCUGGUCUUGCCUGUCUUAAAUCUGGGGGAGCCACUGCUGCGACUAUUAUAGCGCGAGUCGUCGACAGGGGCCAUGGCAUCGUUCGAGCAAUGGGCUGCAGAAACAAGCUGGCAGGGAAAGCAGGUCGCAUGUCACCGCAUUGCAUCGACCUGCAGCGAGCGGAUCCCAGUCACAUGACCGCAAAGGUCCCAGCAGUCCAGGGCCAUGCUGCAGCCACCGACCGCGAGGCAUCGUCGCUGAGCGCCGCGAUUGGAGCUGCGCCGAUGUGCGUGAAGAACGGGAGCCCUGCAGGCGGCUAUCCUCACGGUGACGGUGCGACCGCGACGCACCAACUACUGCACGGCAAUGGCCCGUCCACGAGGGCAGGCGAACCAGGGGGAGGGAGAGCGAGCUGCGAUGGAGGACGAGAUGCCGCUCUGCGUGGCACUAGGCACACUGGGCUGGUCCUGGCGCAGCCAAUGGCCGCCGCAAAACCGCCCGUCUCUCGCUUUCUAGACGCUCUAGCCCGGUCAGUCAUACAUGCACCAGCAGCCAGUGUCUACGGCGUGAUUGGCCUGUGGCCUCGAGCAGGAUGCUUGCAUGCUUUGCCGGCCCAUAUCCGUCUCAUUGGCUCAGAUAUAUAA